AUGCUAUCCAAGCUCAAGCUCAAGCUGAAUAAUUUAGCACACAAUGGCCGCUCCAGACUUGCUACCUCCAAUAUUGAAAAACAACGACGAUGGUCGUUUGAGGAAACGGGGCGCAAUGGCGUGCGCUUUGUCGUAUGGCCUACGGCAGCCACGAGCAAUCCUACCAUGGAGGUUGACAUUACGGUUCUAUGA